AGGAGGCCGAUCCUGAGGAGGAGGAGGAGGAGGAGGAAACUGAGCAGGUGGAGGAGGAUGGAGAAGAGGAGGAGCGGCCCAAACCCAAGCCUAUGGUGCCUCAACUUGCCCCUCCAAAGAUUCCUGAGGGAGAGAGGGUGGAUUUUGAUGACAUCCACAGAAAGCGUAUGGAGAAGGACUUACUGGAGCUGCAUACUCUGAUUGAUGUCCACUUCGAGCAGAGGAAGAAGGAUGAAGAAGAACUCAUCGGCCUCAAGGACCGAAUUGAGCACCGUCGGUCAGAGAGAGCAGAGAUCCAAAGGGUCAGAGCAGAGAAGGAGAAGGACAGACAGAACAGGAUUGCGGAGGAGCGUCACAGAAAAGAAGAAGAGGAGGCCAAGAGGAAGGCUGAUGAUGACGCCAAGAAGAAGAAAGUGCUGUCAGGCAUGGGAGCAAACUUUGGAGGUUUCUUGGCCAAGGCUGAGUCGAGAAAGGGCAAGCGUCUGACAGGCAGAGAGAUCAAGAAGAAAACUCUGGCUGACAGACGGCAGCCGCUAGCCACCGAAAAUAUGAGGGAGGAUGCACUCAAGCAACGGGCCCAGGAGAUGUGGAACUGGAUCUACCAGUUGGAGUCUGAGAAGUUUGACUUCAUGGAGCACAUGAAACACCAGAAAUAUGAGAUCAUUGUGCUGCUUAACAGAAUCCAACAUGCUCAGAAAUUUAAAAAGGUCCACGGCAAAGGGAAGGUGGGUGGUCGCUGGAAGUAAAGGUGGAAAAAUACGUAAAAAGAGAAAUCAAAUACACACUGAUAAGAAAAAAGGAUAAGCAGUGUAGGAAUGGAGGAAUGACAACUGGUCUUUCUGUGGUCUUCUAGUGCCAGAGCCACUCGUUAGGCCUUCCCUGUAUGUAUGAAAGAUAUUGAAUGUUUCUUGAUAAGAUGUAUUGAUAAUAAAAUUACAUGCACUCA